CUGCGAAAUCUGGAGUAGUCGCCGAUGCCGCGGCGGCGCAUGCGCACAAGAAGGGCUCCGGCGAGUGGCGUAGCCGCUGGAGAUGCUGCGGCUGACCCGAGUCUGGCUGCUGUGGCGGCGACCUCCGGCGGCGGGGGUUCCCGCCAAGAACCUCGGCCUCAGGAAGGUCGCCUCUGGUGUCUCUCCCCCGGGCAGCGCCUCACCCAGAGCCGUAAAUAUCUUCGACCGGGAUUUGAAGAGGAAACAGAAGAACUGGGCGGCCCGGCAGCCCGAGCCGAGGAAGUUUGACUACCUGAAGGAGGAGGUUGGAAGUCGGAUCGCAGAUCGUGUAUAUGACAUAGCCAGAGAUUUCCCCCUUGCUUUGGAUCUCGGUUGUGGAAGAGGUUACAUAGCACAACAUUUGAAUAAGGAAACCGUUGGAAAGUUUUUCCAAGCAGACAUUGCAGAAAAUGCUUUGAAAAAUACCUUAGAAACAGAAAUUCCUACUGUCAGUGUUUUAGCUGAUGAAGAAUUCCUUCCCUUCCGAGAAAAUACAUUUGACCUGGUGGUUAGCAGUUUAAGUUUGCACUGGGUGAAUGAUCUUCCUAGAGCACUUGAACAGAUUCAUUAUGUUUUAAAACCAGAUGGAGUGUUUCUUGGCGCAAUGUUUGGAGGUGACACACUCUAUGAACUUCGGUGUUCAUUACAGUUAGCAGAAACAGAAAGGGAAGGAGGAUUUUCUCCACAUGUUUCUCCUUUCACUGCUGUCAAUGACCUAGGACAUUUGCUCGGGAGAGCUGGCUUUAAUACACUGACUGUGGACACUGAUGAAAUUCAAGUUAACUAUCCUGGAAUGUUUGAAUUGAUGGAAGAUUUACAAGGUAUGGGGGAGAGCAACUGUGCUUGGAAUAGGAAAGCCCUGCUGCACCGAAACACGAUGCUGGCGGCCGCAGCGGUGUACGGAGAAAUGUACAGAAAUGAGGAUGGUUCGGUACCUGCCACAUACCAGAUCUAUUACAUGAUAGGAUGGAAAUACCAUGAUUCACAGGCAAGACCAGCUGAAAGAGGUUCGGCAACUGUAUCAUUUGGAGAGCUAGGGAAAAUAAACAGUCUUAUGUCCCAAGAGAAAAAAUCACAAUAAAUAUUUUAUUCAAUGGUAA